GGUUGAGGUAUAGAGAGUGUAAUAAGAUGGGAGGUGGAGCGGGCGAGGCGGGGUGACCAUGGCGGCUGUGUCACGUGGUCCGGCCUGGCUCAGUGUGGCACAGAACGCCGUCACGCAAACACCUCCCAGCUAGACACUCCUCCCACACUGCCCCGUGAAUGACUUCCCAAAUCCCAUGAUCCACAAUGUGCCAAGAGCCUAUUCUGUGCUGCUCGUGUCCUUAUGAACGCCCCUUGAUGUGAAUUAUAUGAAAGAAAAAAUUAUGGUGUUAUGAUGUAUUAGUUUUUGUCCUUGUGACUGGUGUUUGUGGUGCGUGCGGGCCCAAUGGUUGUGCUGGUGUGGCUAUGAUGUGGUUGACGGUGAAGUGCCAGAGUCUGGGGCGUGGUGAGCCGCCCCCGCGUGGCGUCCGUGUGUUGCAGUGUGCGACCAGUGUAGUGCCGUGUUCCGUCACCUUGUCCUGCGUGCCCAUCAUGUGGCGGGCGGCGUGACUCGUGGGUGGCAGGUGUCGUGGGCGGUACCAUGGGCGGCAGUUAGCAGCGCGGCGCGGGUGUGUCGCGGGAGUGGGCGGCCGUAAUGGCCCCCGCCCUCACUGAGGCGUCCGACCCGCAGACGUUCCACGUGGCUGCCCACCAUCACCACCACCACCAUCACUCCUCCUCAGGGCGCCCCGGCCAAAGCCCCUCGGGCCGCAGCAGCUCCCCGCCCGCCACGCACCUUCCCCUUCAGUAUGGCGGGCUGAAGGAGCCUCACGACUGCACCGACGCCCACUUGGCCGCCGCCCUCGCCAACUGUUCGCGUCGAGCCUCCCGCCCCCCAGGCGCGGGUGGGUUGGCGUGCGGGCGGGAGGGCUGCGACCCUCCCCCACGCCCUCACGCCACCCAUACUACCAUGGACCCCCCGUCGGGCCCUCCGUCUCAGUGUGAAGCAGAUAGUAGCACCACCACCACCAACACUCAGCAGGAGAGUAGCGAGGCUGCCACCAUGGGCCAGGACACGACGCCUGACGCCAUGGCGCCCCACAAGUCUCCUCGGCCGCCAUCCCAUGACGGGGAUCUCCUCGCACUUAUCGGUCGAGACUUCCCUAACAUGAACGAGAUCAUUGACACCCUAACCCGCCUGGCGGACAACCCCGAGGUGCUGGCGGCGGUGGACAACGCGGCUGAUCAGCAGCAACAGCAGCAGCAGCAGGAGCAGCAGCAACAACAGCAACAGCAACUGCAACAACAGCAGCAACAGCAACCACAACCGCAACAGCAGCAGGAUGAGGUGCCCAAAGAGGAGCGAGCCAGGCUCCUCGUCGAGGAAUUAGGGCGUCGUCAAUGGCUUUUAGAGCGGCGCCAAGCUCGCCUGCAGCGUCGCCUCCGCCGAGUCACUUCCCGAGGUUUGAGCGCCACCGUGUCUGGCCAGCUGCGGGAUUUGCUGGACCAUGGGCAUGCGGUUCUGGCCCAACAGCGGGAGCAGCAGGCGCCCCAAGAUGAAGGGACAGCGCCUCCUACUCCUCCGGAGGUGAACCUAGAGACAUUACGGGCGGAUGCCAUGCGAAGCAUGUCCACCACGGCCUUGGUAAACCUGGUGCGGCGAGUGGAGGCGUCCCAGGGGCUGGCCAGGCUUGCCUCAGCCUCACACCGUGGCCCAGCCCGCACCCAACAGACCCCCGCUCCCUCUCCUGCCCUACCGGAACACACUCGGGUGGAGGUGGGCGCUGUGGUGGGUGAAAUGCAAGCCGCCGCACACGCCCACACCCACCACGACUCCGACGCUACCGAAACUUCCUCGGGAGGGGAGUCUUGUGACGAGCUGGAGGGCUUCCCAGACACCAACACCAACUACACUCCAGUGCAGGAGCGGGCGUUUGCGAGGUAUUGCCGGGCGCGGGCGUGGGUGGCCUCCCGCUGGACGUGGCUGCAGGCCCAGAUUGCUGACCUUGAGUACAGGAUUCUUCAGCAACACAAAAUCUACUCACACAUACGCAACACGAAGGGCGCGGUGCAGGUGGAGGAGGCCGGCCGGUGGAAGAGUGUGGCGCUGCGUGAUCCCGCCCACCUCGACAUGCAUGACCCCGCCCUCACUUGCUUGGCCGCCCCCACCAACCGCACCGCCGUCAAUGGCUACCACAGUCGGAUGGAGGAAGCCGUGGGCGUGGGCGGGGGCGCGGGUGGGUGCGAGGCGGGCAGCGCAUCGGCACGCACUCAGGGCAUACGGGCGGUGAAGCGACGGCGUCUGGUGAGGGCAGGAGCGGGUCUCUGUGCCGGACUCAGACGGGGAGGCGGCAGCGGCAGGAUCCCCGCCGUGCAGUGCAAGUGUGUCCCGCCCCUCACCUGUGUGCUCUGUACGCGGCUACAAGGGGUGACGCCCCCCGCCGCGCCCCCAGACCCCUACACGCAGCCGGCCAGCGAGCGCCACGCGAGGGUCGACCCCACCUAUCACCCGGUGCUCUCCCAGCCGGCAGAUGUGUCUCUCUCCGAAAAGUUUGACGUCAUGUUGAAGACGAUGGACUGGCAGAGACAAGCACUCACCACCAAGACACCUCAGCUGAAAUCCGUGAGGGAAAACUUGUACGUGGAGAAGAAAAAGAAGAAGAGUAAAGAUAAGGAGGUGAAGAAAGACCACAAGAAGCAUAAAAAGGAUGGCAAGGGAAGAAUAACUUUGAAGUUGAAGAGAUCACUGUUUACUGGAGAGCUAACAAAAGAUGGAGACUCUAAAAGGAAAAAGUCUUCAUCUCAAGAGCCCAUAUGGUCCCCGGUAGCACUCAGCAGCGGUGUUCUCUCCUCAGUACCGGCCAAGAAAGUUCGGGUUGAGGAGGAUGACGACUCCAGCUCAGUGUAUGGCAGCAGCCUGCACUCCUCACCCACCGCCAGCCCAGCUCCCAUUGACCGCUCUUCCCACAAGAGACAGUCAACCUCAAACCAGAAAAAUAAACAGACCAUCAGUUCAAAUUCGUACGACAUCGACAACAUCGUGAUCCCACACAGCAUGGCUGCCUCAACACGUGUGGAGAAACUAGAAUACAAAGAAAUCCCAACUCCCAAGUGGAGGAUAGUCCCUUACGUCCCCAAUAAUGUUUAUAGUUCAAAAAGUGCUAGUCAUGAGGAGGAGGAUGAAGACGUUAGUGAAGAAGCAGUGGCUGCCCGUCACAGCCGCAGUGAAGAAUUGGAACGGAAAAAGUUCCUCCAGUACCUCCACAUGCAGGUGACAUCAAGGUCUUCCCGCUCCCGACGAACAGACUCCUCAGGAACUAACACGCCAGACCAUCCCCUGUCACCACGUCCUCCAGACCCUGCCAGUGACACUAUCUCUCCCUUAGCUACCCCUCCCACCACACCCUUGGCCCCCUCAGAGGAUUCCAAUCAGUCCUCCUCCCUCCCAACAGUUGCCAGUAUUCAGAGUUCCAGCUGUAGUACAUCAGGUGCCACCAGCUCUAGCUUCACCACUCUAGUUGCUCAGGCUGGGCUAUCCACCAUAUCCCCUCAACCCUCACAGCAACAACAUCAACAACAGCAGCAACAUCAACCUAGUCAGCUUCUCAUUCAUAAUUCCCAGAUUUCCUCUAACUCCAUUUUAACGCACCUUCCCUCUACAUCAAUAUCCACUGCCUCGUCGAUAACCACCACAGUAUCCUCCUCCCUGUCUUCAUCCACACCCUCGUCGAUAGCCACAUUCUCGUCGCUCCUGUCUGGGGCACGCCGGAACCGCACCUUCAGCAGUAGCAGUGCCACCAAGAGUAAGGUAUCUGCUGGUGUGGAGGAGGGUGCUCCUGAGAGAUUAGAGGGCAUGACACCUUAUGAACAACGUGUCUUCCCACUUAAUGAUGCCGAGUUAAUGCUGAUAACACGGGAGACAGAAGACUGUGAUAUAGGUCCUCCAAGCCCACCCUUUGAUACUUCAGCCAAUGAUGCCAAUAACUGUGAAGAGAGUGGCCGCAGCACCCCCAUGAGUGAGGUGACAGACUCUGCCCCGGAAGAGGAUGGAGAGUUUGACGACACAGCUGCUCCCAAGUGGACCAUCUCGGGACUGAAGGAUGCCACCGGACAGUGUGUGCUGCAGAUUCAUCGCAACUGACGGUGGCCUACCUCGGAUAAAGUGGACUACAGGAACUAAGAAUUAAAGGUGUACAAAAAAUGUCUAAACAGAUGAUGAAGUUUUAUAUCUUACUUUUAUUUAUUUAUUCGAUCUCUUUCAUAGCCAAAGGAAAGGAAAUGGGAUCCUUUGUACAUCAAAAUUAUAUUCUAUUUUAUAAUUGGUGAUAGAUUCAAUGUUACUGACUAUGAAAUUCUUUCAUUGUUUAAGUGGACAGGAUAGGAACCAAUAUGGUAAGGCAAAAAAAGAAACAAAAAAUAAAACUAAAAAAAGAGGGAGAGGCAAGUUCAUUAUAUACUAGCAAGAAUCAAGAAUCUAUUCACAGUGCUCUUUCCAUUGGAGCACUUCACUCCGCCCUGCUAGUUACCCACCAGACAUUGCUUUAAGGCAUCACUACACUGCACUGUUAGGCAUCCUGGGCCGUGCUAUGCGGGAUGAGUGUUGUGUGAGCAGUAGUUGUGGAAUGUAUUUCAGGUAUGGACUAAGCUUUUGCCACUCAUUUAAUCUUCAUCUGGCAUAAUCACAUGCAGUUCAGAAUGCAAACUAAUGCUGUCUGAAGGUGAACUUCUGAUGUCUUCAAGGAUGUAGAGGCUUGUCAAGGGAAGGUUCAGCACUCCCAGUAAGUAGAGGUGUAGGAUGUCAUACCUUCUUGUCCCUGUGUUAGAUAUAUAUUUCUGAGUAACAAUGAGGUCUACCAAAAAAACAAGUUGGUAAUUAUUGACAAGUCAAGUUUAUUAUACAUGGUAUCAGUGCCCUUUUGAAUUUUCUAUUUUAGUAUUUCAAUUUUCUCUGUCACUGGGCAAGAUAGGCAUGUUGAAGUAGGUAGAUUAGGCUGUGGCACAUGUGGGUAGCCUCCCUGCAUGAUGAGACUGAAUUUUAAGAGAUGAAAACAAGUGAUAAAGUUUUGCAGUUUGCUUUGUAUAGAAGAUUAGAUUACAAGUAUGUUUAGCAUGUAUUAAUCAGUUCAUACUGAAUGUAGAAAGGGAACCUUUCACAUUGAAAGACUUCCAAGGAAAUGAGCAGUACGGAGUGAUUUUCAGUUGUUUACGGUGGUAGUGAGCUGGUGGUGUGUAAUGGCAUACCAAUCAAGGUUUGAAACCUUUGUGGUGUUAUGCUUGACGUCUUAGAAGUACUGGUACGGUGGAUAUUGGCAUGUAGAAUGGAACGUGUGGACCGGAGGAAUUCAGUUAUCUGUUCAGGAUAUGCGAUCAUGUGUAUUAAGUGCAUAUUUGUUGAUUUCAAUGCCAAAGUGUUCAGAGGGACAGAGAAUAAUUCCCCACUUUCAAAUAUCAUCCAUAAUCAUUUGUACAAAACAUUUAAUUUGACUUUUUAUUUUUUUAUUUAUUUAUUUAUUUAUUUAUUUAUUAUUUUUUUUAUUAUAUUCUCCCCCCCCUCCCUCAUGGAUAGACCACCUACCGCUUUGUGUGUUGAACUUUGAGAUUUGUUGAAGUAUGGUUUGACAGAGGUUGUUACAACAGCUGUGUUAGUGCUGUGUGCAUCAAGACUCCAUAAUAUACGAGUAAAUACUUUGAACUAUGUAUUUGGAUAGCCCAGUGCUUUAUGUGCUGAUAGAUUUCGAUGUUGAAAUGCUGGAAACAUGGCUAGCAUAGCUGACCAUUAUUUGGAAUGAAUGUUUUAAUGAAAGGGGAGCAGUUGUUCACAUGCUAGCUAGCAUUUCCAAUAUCAAGAUGGAGCUCCUGAGGAAAGAGCAUCUGUUUCAGGAGUAACAAUGGCCUUUAUAAAGACUAAAUCGGUCCUCUUUCCCAGCUGCGCCUUAUGCCUGCAGUGGCGGCACAGCUCAAUAUACGCUUAUGUAAUAUGUGUCAUGGACUCCGAAUAGCCCAUUGUACUGUUUGUUUUCCUGAAGGAAAAGUAAUGUUUCCCCUUUGUUAUAUUUUCAGGUAUUUUAUGUCUGUACUAAUUGCUCUAGUGACGUUAAGGGAAAGGUGUUUAUGUUGAUGCUCUUGAGGAAGGCUCCUGUGUAAGAGGUUCUGUCAAAUAUUACUACUAGAUAUGAAAGUAUUUGUAUUUUAUCAAACUUUACCCAUCAGGUUUUUUUCAAUGAAUUAUAGCAUGUCCUCUUUAGAAACAAAUGAUCCUGUUUUCGUUUAGUUGUAUCUGUAUAUACCAUUUAAAUUUCAAUAUAGGAUGGGUACAAUGGCAUUUGUAAAUAAUGUAUAGAUUCCAAUUUGAACAAGUAUUUAUAUUAUUCAAUGUUUCAUUGAAGUUAAUACUUGUUGGCUGAUCAAGAAAAAGCACUGUCCUAAGUCAUUUCAAAAGAAAAAAAUAUAAAUUGAACACUGUC